GUAACAACGAAUUUUACGUAACUGCAAAGGCUGCAUCACACCUGCAUUUAGUACAGCCAACCAAAUUUAAUCGGGUUAAUUAGAAAUGGCACGUGGACACCAGAAGAUCCAGUCGCAGGCGAAGGCCUCCGAGAAGCAGGCCAAACUAAAGAAGCAACAAGGACACAGUGCCAACGACCAGAAGAAGGCGGCCCAGAAGGCACUUGUCUAUGUGUGCGCCGUUUGCAAGUCGCAAAUGCCCGAUCCGAAGACUUACAAGCAGCAUUUCGAGAACAAGCAUCCCAAGAAUGACAUGCCCGAUGAGCUGAAGGAGGUCUGAUGACCGAUGUGGCUGCGUGCAUAUAUAAAUAUAUCAAGCUGAUCGAAAUCGACGAAUUUCCUACCAGUACGAAACUUUUGAAACAAUAACUUUACAACAGCCCCGACAAAACAAACAUCAACAUUUAAGUCGAUGAGAGGAGGGCGCGUAAAGUUAGAACAUAGUUUCCAAAGCUAAGGGCCCAGCUGAAUUUUUUAUAUACACACUGCUGACUUUUGGUUUAUACUUUGAAAAUAACACAUAUGGCUACCACAACAAUACAAAGAAAAUUUACACAUAGUAAAAUAAAUACUUUUGUUUUGAUUUUUAUUUUCCCUGAAAGGCAACUAGCAAUUUGAGUAACAAUAAUUACUUGUGCUUUGUCUUUGAUUUGGUCUAUUAUGAACAACGAUGCUGACAAUGUCGUAGUUUUGUAUACGAUUUUUUUACUAAAAAACCUUUGAAUACAUCAUGUAAAUGAGAAUUUAUAAAUACAAUAAAAACAGUAUAAUUGUUAAAACUAAAGAGAAAAGUUAUUGCUGCAGAAGCAUUGUCUAAUCUUAUGGUUAGUGUAUAAAUGCAAAGCAU